UCCUUCCCCGCCACUUAUGCCCCCAAACACAGCGCCAAUCGCCAAUUUUAUAGUGUGUGCUUGUAGUGCGGUUUAUUAGAGGCGGAGCCCGCGUCCCCCUGACCUAUGGCUUCACCCUGGUCCCCACAUUCGCAACUCCGCUUUCCCGCUUCCCUGCUAUCCCGCUUCCCAAACGCCUCUGCUUUCCCACGUUCCCGCGUCCUAGCUUCCCCGCUUUCCCGCGUUCCCGAGUCCCAGCUCCCCUGUUUCCCAGCUGCUUCACCGCGACCCCGCUUUCCCGCUUUCUAGAUUCCACGCUUUCUCGGUCUGGAAGAGCAUCUGCUGCCCGUUUCCGGCGCCGUCGCCCAUCGCUGCCCACUUGUCGUUUCCCGCUGCUGCCACUGCGCGCUACACGCAGCCCGCGAAACGCUUUCCCCUCUCCUCACACGCACGUCCCACUCCCUGCUUCCCGCUGCGCUCAUCCUUGCCUUUCCCCUAGCAUAUCCCUACCAUGGUUUGAUGUGUGUUUUUUUCCAUGAGAUGGCAUGGUUGGGCACGGCGCGGCAUGGCAUGGCAUGGCGCGGUGUGGCAUGGUGUGGCAUGGAAUGGCACUGCACGUGGCAUGGCAUGGCAUCAGAUGCGCGUUGGGGUUCACACGGCAGUGGUGCGAGGCGGGCUCUCGUCAUCCCCGGCUCAGACAAGGGGGGAAGCACACCCCUUACUUCCAUCCCGCCACAGUAGCUGGGUUUUUGGGAUAAUGAGAUAUGGUUGUAGGGAGUGCUAGAGUGUGAAUAGAUCACCGUUGCUCGGUUAGAAAAAGUGCUCUAGCUGCAUGGCUGUCCAUAACAUGAGUUCGCGUUCAAAAUUUAACU